CUCAUCCAUUCAAAAACCAUCACUUUAUUUCAAAAAAAUAAAUAAAUAAAAGAAAGACUUCAAUUGCUCAAUUAGUAACCUCCAAAUUCAAAUCAAAUUUUUUUUAUUCCGGAAUCCUAGAACAGACACAAACUCCACAUUUCAAGAUUCUCAAAAAAUCCAACCCCAUUUGAUAUUUUUACAAUUGUACACCUUUUUUUUGGCCUUAAUCUUGUGAAUUACCAAGUGGGUUUUCGUAAAGAUUGAAUCUUUUGUGAUAAAACAUCAAAUCUUUGAUCUGGGUAUUUGUGAAUUAGUGUGUUUUGUAUGUUGGAGCUGAUUUUGGUUCCAAAAAAUGGGAUUUGAGGAAAAGAAAGAAGGUGAAAAAAGCGGACAUGAUGAAAGUGGUAAUGAGAAACAAAAUGAUGGUAAUUUGAAAAGAGUUGAGAGUAAAUCUUCAUUAUAUGAAACAGAGGAUGAUGGUGAAGAUGCAGAAGGAAAUAAUAUACAAUUGGGUCCUCAAUGUACACUUAAGGAACACUUUGAAAAGGAUAAGGAUGAUGAGAGCUUGAGAAAAUGGAAGGAACAACUUCUUGGCAAUGUUGAUAUUAAUGAUGUUGGAGAAUCACUAGAACCAGACGUUAAGAUCCUUAGUCUUUCAAUCAUGUCUCCUGGGCGAUCUGAUAUUGUUCUUCCAAUACCUGAAAAUGGCAAACCUGAAGGUCGUUGGUUUACUCUAAAAGAAGGAUGUCCUUAUAGUCUGAGGUUCACCUUUCAAGUCAGCCAUAACAUUGUUGCAGGCCUAAAGUACACCAACAACGUUUGGAAAACUGGUGUCAAAGAUAGCACAAAGGCAAUGCUUGGAACCUUUAGUCCACAACCUGAACCGUAUACCUAUGAGAUGCCUGAGGAUACUACCCCAUCUGGCUAUUUCUCAAGAGGCUCGUAUUCUGCUAAGACUAAGUUUGUGGACGAUGACAAUAAGUGCUACUUGGAGAUCAGCUAUCACUUUGACAUUCGAAAGGAUUGGGCCUCCACUGAAUAGAGAAUAGAAAGAGAAAAUUCAUAGUAUAACUUUAGAAAACCUUCAAGAAGGUUUCAAUCUCUUAGUGUGAUAUGUAGAUAAAUUCAAUUGUAGUGUUGAUGCCAUAAGCUAGUGAGAGAAAUAGUUGUUUUUUUUGUGUGUGUUCAUGUGCUUGUGUUAUCCUCAAUAAAGAGGGAGUUUGAGGUUAGAUGAUCCUAGUUUUCGUGUCUGUUUCAAGAUUUAUUUGAAAUUACAUCCGUUGUAUAUAUGGUGUGCAGAUAUAUAUCUCUACUACAUUAUAAAA